AUGAAACAACACACCGGCGGAAAACCACCCCACCGACUCACACCAUAUGUUGAGGUUCUAUCAAUAAGAGUAAAUAAAUCCAACAGAGCUGCAGCAUGCAAAGCAUGCAUCAACAAACUUGGGAGAGAGUUAGCGCUAGAAAGGUCAGUAUUUACUAACACUAAGACUUGUGUCAAGGCACACCUAAAAAAGUGUCCACAGUUUGCUGAGCAGCACGGUGAAGAAGCUAGGUUAGAGAUCCUGUAUGGAUCAGAUGAAGAAGGCCAGAACAUAGAUACCUCCUCAGUCACACAUUCAAGCACCAUCAGUCACAACUUUCUUUCAAGUUCCUCCGAGGCGACCACAAUGCCACAUACUACUGAUAUGCCCCCUUCUCGCCCUGUGCGUCAUUCGAGAAAUCGAUCGUUAAAAGGUCCUAUUGAGAACUAUCUUGUCCGUGAUUUAAAUUCAGCGGAAUAUAUAAUUUUUGAACAACACCUUUUGAAAGCUACUGUCAGUAAUGGGUGGGCAUUUAGGUGGAUUGAGAAUCCUGAGGUAAUCGCACUUUUUAAAUUUCUCAAUCCAGUAAUUUCUUUACCUGGACGUCGCGCCCUUGCUGGUCGUAUACUUUCAUCACAUAGUGCGGAGUUGCAGCGGAAACAGGUUGUUGACGCAAAAAAAGAAGAAAUUGGGAAUACGUUGGCAUUUGAUGGAUGGAAAAAUGUCAACCAUCAAGAAAUAUUAGGGAGCGUUCUAAUUACAAGCAAAGGAAAAGUUCUCGUAUGGGGCGCAGAAGAUAUUUCAGGGGAUGGUGCCUGUGCAAUAGAUGUAGUCCAAAAAAUCAGAGACUUUUUCAUGCGAGCGGAGAGCAAUGGUAUUAAAAUCAUUGCAGUGGUCACAGACAGUGCCUCAGCCUAUGCAGCGGCAAGACGACAAAUGCGAUUAGAAUAUACUAGCAUAGUCUUUCUACCUUGCUUCGCGCAUCAAGCGAACCUGUGUGUAGCGGAUAUUUUUAAGUCAUCACCUCAAUAUAAAAUUGCGUCAUCAGGAGCUGUCACAAUUGUAGCAUAUUUUACAGACAAUAGACAUUCAUCUUGGAUUAGCAAGCUGCGUCAGGAGCAGAAAGCAUUAUAUGGAAAAUAUUAUGCCUUAGUAAGACCAACUCAAACGCGAUGGAACAGCUAUUAUUUCUGUUUUGCAUCACUAGUCCGCAGUAAGCGAGCAUUGAAA